UUAGAAUAUUGGAAAAUAAAUAAUAAUAAAUUUCCUUUAUUAUCUAUUUUAACAAGGCGUUAUUUAACUAUCCCUGCUACCUCUGCUGCUAUAGAAAGUGUUUUUUCUAUUUCUAAUAAUAUUAUAACUAAAUCUAGAAAUAGACUUAAGCCUAUUCUAGUUAAAGAAAUAAUAUUAUUAAAAAGCUAG